AACUCCAGCAACAAGCGCGCCCCCACCACGGCCACACAGCGACUCAAACAGGACUACCUGCGCAUCAAAAAAGAUCCAGUGCCUUAUAUGUGCCGAGCCUUUGCCAUCCAAUAUCCUUGAGUGGCAUUUGUUGUACGAGGACCUGAAAUGACACCGUAUGAAGGUGGCUACUACCAUGGGAAGUUAAUUUUCCCCAGAGAAUUCCCUUUUAAACCUCCUAAUUAUAUGAUCACACCAAAUGGAAGAUUUAAAUGCAAUACAAGGUUGUGUCUUUCCAUUACUGAUUUCCACCCCGACACGUGGAACCCAGCUUGGUCCGUCUCCACAAUCUUGACAGGCCUUAGUUUUAUGGUUGAAAAAGGACCCACUCUGGGCAGUAUAGAAACAACAGAAUUUACGAAGAGGCAAUUGGCUUCGCAGAGUUUAGAAUUUAACAUAAAAGACAAAGUCUUUUGCGAAUUGUUUCCCGACAUGGUGGAGGAAAUCAAGCAGAAACAGAAGGCGCGGGACGAACUCCACAGCCGGCCCACGACUCUCCCCGCUGCCGGAGUCAUCCCCGACGGGGAAGCCCACCGGUUCAGAACGGCUCUGCCGAUCCUCAACGGGCACCCGCCUUUGGUGGCGGCCAACAACCCCCUCGGCCUCCAGCAAGCUAACCGCCACCACGGACUCCUGGGUGGAGCUUUGGCGAACUUGUUCGUGAUCGUGGGCUUUGCGGCCUUCGCCUACACAGUGAAGUACGUCCUGAGGAGCAUCGCGCAGGAUGUGAGCGACGCUGGCGUUUCUCCUCCUCCUUCCAAGUCUGGGUUCUGAGACCAAAAUAACAGUAGCGGCGGGAAGGAAACCAAACCAAACAUUUGAGACUUUGUGGGUCUCGCACUCCCGACUGUGGGCUAACUGCUGUGAUGUGUACAGGGGUUGUUUUGUUUUUUUCCCCCCUUCCCCACGUUUGUUUUAAUUACUGGUUUUGGCCCAUGGAAUUAAGUUUCGUCGGAGGGGAGGGAAAACCCCCCGUUUGGGAUGGAAAAGGAUGGGAUGGGAUGGAGCAAGGAAGAGGACGCACACACAUUGUCUCCCAUGAAAAGAAGAAAGGGGAAGGGGGGAAAAAAACCCACUUUCUGAAACUUGUAGGAUCUAAAUUUACCGGCCUACGAAAUCCCCCCGUGUUUCUUUUUCUGCCUUUUUUUUUUCCCCCAGUGUACUCUUGAAUCCGUUCUAACAUCUCGGAGCUUUGGGGAACUUGGGCGGAAGCGUCCCCCUCUUUUAAGGCAACGUGGGGGCGAUAGACGGGUUCGGGAGAGGAUGGGGCAGCCUUGCCCGUUUUAAUACUGGCGGAUAGCUGAAAGAAGGGAUGGGGGGGAGGAGCAGAGGAAUAAGGGGAGCGCUCUUCGUUUCCUUAAGACGCACUUUUAGAUCGCCUCGCUUGACAAGUUUGGUGUCUGCUGCUGAAACAGGUUCCCAAGCCCAGCAGAUUGUUUGUGCGAAUGCUUAGAUCCUCGAGGAAGCCUUUCGCGUCCUAAGCCGGCGGUGCGGGAAGGC